CAUGGACUCGGUCUUUUCUUUGCCGAGAUACCCACAUUUAUUGAGCACUGUGGGGGAAUACAGAGGGUAAAGACUUGAUUCUUAAUGUGAAACCACGUAGUCUAGUAGCAAAUGAUACAAAUCCAAGAUACAAAUGGUUCUUCAUAGCUAGCUAGAAUCUCUCUCUAGCUUUAGGAAUCGUCUGUUUCUUGUGGGUUUUGUUGGUGGAUGAGGAACUGGCUGCUACAAAUCAUGCAUUGUCCAGAAAGACAUGAGCAGGCAUGAGCCAAUACUGCACCUCACUUUGAGACUAGGGAGACCCAAAGUGGGAUUACCUAGGAUCAAAACUAUUUCUACUUCCCUCUUGGGUAGCUUCCUUCCCUUCCUGCCAGCCUGACACACUGACCAGAUAAUUCAUCUGGGAAUCUUCUACUCCAUCCUGCACAAGUGUGUUUAUUAUCCUUGCUUGCAUCCUGUUCUACGAUAUGCAGCACUCCUUCUUACCUAACGGCCUUGUAGUGCUUAAUAAACAUUACUGAACCCCACUCCCCACUCCCACUUCUCUUCCUGCCUGGGAAUUAGGCUGAGGAGGAUCUUCCUUAGUUGGGCAAAGGAAGUGGAAGCCGCCAGGGCUCUGAAGCUCCAACUAUUUAAUUCACACAGUCAAUACAUAUUUGAGUCCCUGUUGGUAGUCCUCCCAAGCCUGGCACUGAGGACUCAGCAGUGAAUCAAAAGGUCAUACUUCCUGUCUCGUGGACCUAACUAACAGUGGGAACCACAUAGGCAAAGCCGUAAAUAAUUAAAAGUGCGAGGGCUGCAAGGGAGAAGUGCUGGAUACUAAUAGGAGCAUACAGCGGAUUUUGUGGAAGUAGGGUGAUGGAUCGGGAAAUGCGAUGUUUAGGCUGAGGUCAGGAGAGCCAGAGUCAGGCAAAGACAAAAAAGUUUUCUGGGUACAGAAUGUUCAAGGGUCAGAGGUGGGAAGCACCCCAGCAUGUUCCUGUACUCAGUGUCAGGAUGGCUGGAGAGCACAAGGGGAGGGGCAGGGUGGCGGCAGAAGAAACUGCAUGAAGACUCCGCAGUGCAAGUCUUUGCAGGAAGCCUUUCGAGAUUAACCCGGAGCCUUUGCGCAUCUGGUCCCGGGUCGGACCCGCGAGUAGGGCUCUUUCGGACUAGAGCUCCGGGAGCGACGCCCUCCGCAGCAAGUGAAACUUCUGGGGGCAGGUAACCAGCGAGGGGGAGCCCUGUGGCCCCCUAUCGGGACCUUAGAGUCGUACACGCACGCUUUUCCCAUAUUGCCUAGCCCUUCAGAACUGGCAGCAGGAACGGAGAUCGGGUUUGAGUCAGUUCAACUCUCCGCAGUCUAGGGUUGGCAAGCGCCGUGACUAGAAAAACUACACUCCCCACAAUCCCUUGCGCCCCCGGCUCGCUGCGGUUGCUUAUGGCCAAUCGGGAGAAGCAGCUGUGGCGGGGGCCGAGGAGGGACAUUUUAAAAGGGCCGGAGAUUGCAGGCGUCAGUGGUCAUGGCGGAUACAGCGACUACAGCAUCGGCGGCGGCUAGUGCUGCUAACACCUCGACCGAUGCACCUCCUUUCCAGCUGGGCAAACCUCGCUUCCAGCAGACAUCCUUCUAUGGCCGCUUCAGGCACUUCUUGGAUAUCAUUGAUCCUCGCACACUCUUUGUCACUGAGAGACGUCUCAGAGAGGCUGUGCAGCUGCUGGAGGACUACAAGCAUGGGACCCUGCGCCCAGGGGUCACCAAUGAGCAGCUCUGGAGUGCACAGAAAAUCAAGCAGGCUAUUCUACACCCAGAUACCAAUGAGAAGAUCUUCAUGCCCUUUAGAAUGUCAGGUUACAUUCCUUUUGGGACGCCAAUUGUAGUUGGUCUUCUCUUGCCCAACCAGACACUGGCAUCCACUGUCUUCUGGCAGUGGCUGAACCAGAGCCACAACGCUUGUGUCAACUAUGCAAACCGGAACGCUACCAAGCCUUCUCCUGCGUCCAAGUUCAUCCAGGGCUACCUGGGAGCUGUUAUCAGCGCCGUCUCCAUUGCUGUGGGCCUUAAUGUCCUGGUUCAGAAAGCCAACAAGUUCACCCCAGCCACCCGUCUUCUUGUCCAGAGAUUUGUGCCAUUCCCCGCUGUAGGCCCUGCUCGAGACGGCGCUGACGCGAGUGGUCCUCCCCAUGCCCAUCCUGGUGCUCCCCCCGAUCGUCAUGUCCAUGCUGGAGAAAUCGAGACGUCCCAGUUAGAGCCUGAAAUUGCCCGGGCCACGAGUAGUCGGACGGUGGUAUACAACAAGGGGCUGUGAGUGGUGGCCGGCCGGCCUGGGGAUGGAGUGCUAUCCAGGCCGGGGAGCCGGGGGCGGGAAGGAGUCUCCCGGCUGCACCUGCAGGGAGGGGCAAGCUGAUCCCACCGGUCAAGCUGGGCCACCUGGGGGAGCCCUGGACCCACAGUGGUAGGGAGACUAAUCUAUUCACACGUUAACAUAAGGGUGAGGAAUUCUGACACAUUUCCUAUAAGAAAUAAUCAAGUGCAUUUCUGGGCCUUACGUGGGGUUGUCAAAACUCUACUCAGCACAAUUAUCUGUGAAGCUGAAAAAUUGUAGAGUGCCCACGGGAUAGACUUAGGAUCCUUUUAUACUUUGGGUUUUUUUUUCUUUUGUUUUUUAUCUGAAUCAAGUCUGAGCCUUGGCUGCAGUGGCCCAGGUGGCAGCAGCGGACCAGUGGUGGCAGUAGGAAUAGGCCAGGGGGCUGGUUGGGUUGGCAGAAGGGCUGGUAGAUUCAAGACAUUAUGGUGGCCGGGCCCAAUGGCUCCCUGAGCUGGGCUGGGCUGGGGGUAGGGGAGGCAGUCUACACCUCACAGGAGGAAGCAGCUACGACUGAGGUCCCCAGGAGGUGGCCCAGGGAGUCAGAAGCACUGGAAGCCUCUGGAAGAUUCUGUGGGCAGUUGACUCUGAGUGUGGCUGGCCUUCAUCCAUGCUACAGCCUGCAGAACCAAUCCCUCUGCACGAAGCCCAGUGCCUGGGGCUGGGGUCACCCUUCAUGGAAUCCCGAUCCAUUCGAGGCCUCAGCUUCAGGCAAGAAGCCCCAAGAAGGAAUGAUGUUUGGCUGGAAUUGUGGGCCUGCACUUUGACCUCUGCAGGGUGACCCUCCUUCUAGUCACCAGGCUGGAAGCUGGGCUGUGGGGCUGAGGAUGGGGCUGGAGCUGGAGCUGGACCGACCUCCAUCUGGGGGGCUCUCAGGCCCCAAGGCUUCCUGCCCCAUCCCACUGCUUCCCGAGUGGGAGGGUCUUAUGCCUGAGUGCAGAGGCAGGUUUCUAGGUACCAAUCUGAGAGUCAGCAUCAAGACAGGAACUGCAGGCCCUGACUGUGGCACCAAUGGGCUGUAUGACCUUGGACAAGUCUGCUCCCCUCUCUGAGCCUCUACUCCCCAUCUGGAACCAGAGGACUGGAUCAGGGCGUUCCCACCGACUCUUCCAGCUAACCUCGUCUUUGCCUGUCCUGCUCAGAUGCUGGUCAUCCCAGGCACAUCCCCAGUGUGGACACUGAACUGGGAAAGGGGCAGGCCUCUUUGGGAAUGGCCUCAGGAGCUAGACCUUGACUUUCUGUAUGUGAACCCACAUCCUGGGAACACUUGAUCUUUGCCCCUUUUCAGUUCUGAAGGAGGAGAUAGUGUGGGUGGCUGGGCCUAAGUGUGGCUCCACACCCACGUGCCACCUCUCACCCUGCACCGGCCUCCGAGGCCACUUAGUGCUGGCUCCUGUCUCUUCCCAUUGGCGAGCCAGGAAAAGGAGAGGCCUGCAGGGGCUCUGCAGAAGACAGCAGGACCCGAGGUGAGGGUGAACAGGGCAAACAAAGAGGAAGCAUGGGUCCCGUUGUACCCUUCACCUGCCCCCAGCUGGAAUGGAGCCCUCAACAUGCAGCCGCAUGGCCUCCUCACCUCCCUGGUGACUCCACCUGGGGAGAGACCUGGCUGGAGGUGAACACAGGCAUGUGCAGGAAAAGACUAGUGCAGGGCAGCAAGGCUGUGGCCAUGGGCGGCUCUCACCAUCCUCUGUGCAGGGGUGGUUGUGGGAAGGUGGGUCUUCCACAGGCACUGGCACCAUGUACCCCCUCAGAACCCCGUGCUGUCUGUGAGGACCUCCCAGCCUGGCCCUGCUAUUUCUGCAGAAUGCUGCCCUGAGGGCCCCCCACUCUCCUGAGGAGCAGCACCCCCCUACCAGUCAGGAAGGGGUGAACACAGAGCAGGUAGGGAGACCAGAACAGCAGAGAAAAAGGGGCAAGUAUUUUUGAGCCAAUCCUGCCAUAAUGUGACGGUGCCAAUGACAGGCUGGGUGUUUCUGGGUCCCCUUUUGAAAAGCUCUCUUCAAACUCACCCUACCCCACCUCUCAUUGGACCUUGUUUGUGUGCACUUUACCUUGAGACCAAAACUGCCCACCCCAGCCCCACUCCCACCCUUUCUGGAGAUGUGGUAGAGAUGGGGUCUCUCCGGCUCCCUCUCUGGACUGGCUGCCCUGGCCCAGCCCCACCCCAGCCCCAGCCCUGUGGCCUUGUCAUCUCAUAACCUACUUACUUUGUCUCCUGGAUGAUUUCUGGUCAUGCUCCCAAAUGCAACUUCAGGUGAGCUAACGGGACUCCUCCUUGGGAAAGGGGUUGGCAAAAGAUCUGUAUAAUACAGCUCAGGGUGAUGGUGACAGAGGGUUGGUGGCCGUGCUGAUAAGAUAAGCCCUGGCUCGGCUGUAGAAAACACCAUAAGGGAAACCUUUUGGCCAAUAUCCAUCACCCACUCUGCUGAGGCCAGAGGAAGGGAGGCCUCAUGGGCAGACUGGCUCAUGACUGGGGAGGAGGCUGAGCUAGGUCCCACAGCUAGGGUGUGGCUGGUUCGGCUGCGCCAGAAUCCAGGCCAUGCCUACAACUGGUUCUCUAGCCCUGGUGUACUGCCCCACCCCCCACCCCCACCUUCUUCUAGUCACUUCAAACAUUCUCUGAGGCUCGGGGAUGUCCUUCUCCCAUUCUGGAGAAUAAUCUGAUGGUGCAGGGGCCAAAAGCCCAAGAUGUCUAGACGGCUGCUGGGUCAAGGUGGCUGAUAGCCCCCUUUCUACUUCCUGAUUGUGAGCUGGCUUGUUUUCUGUCCUGAGCCCCUGGCCUGGGAGAAGAGUGGGGUCCUGAGAGCAGAAGGGCCAGAGGACAGGGGCAAGUGCUCUUCCAGCCCUGGGCCAGGUGUGAGUGAGGCACGAGCACAUAUGCCUUGGCCACACCAAGGGGACUUUGCAGUGUCUUUUUAACCUUCUCAGAAAAUUUCUCAAUCUCUGUGAUUUAUGUAAUACUAAUGAGCUGUGGGCAAUAAAUGAUGGAUUUAAAGCA